AUGCUCAAUUUUACUGAUGUGACAGAGUUUAUUCUUUUGGGAUUAACUAGUCGUCCUGAAUUACAAUUCCUUUUCUUUGUGGUUUUCCUACUGGUCUACAUUAUCACCCUGAUUGGAAACAUUGGUAUGAUCAUAUUAAUCAGACUCAGUCCUCAGCUCAACAGCCCCAUGUACUUUUUCCUCAGUCACUUGUCUUUUGCAGAUGUGUGGUUCUCCUCCAAUGUCACUCCUAAAAUGUUGGAAAAUUUAGUAUCUGAAAUCAAAACCAUUUCCUACCCUGGUUGUAUAGUGCAGUGUUUUUUCUUCAUUGCCUUUGUCCACGUAGAAGUCUUCAUCCUUGCUGUGAUGGCCUUUGAUAGAUACAUGGCGAUCGGCAACCCUCUGCUCUAUGGUAGCAGAAUGUCAAGGACUGUCUGUAUUCGACUGAUCUCUUUCCAAAAAAAAUUUAUCAGUUUGAUCUCAACAUUGUGGACUCAUGGCUUGUACUUCUGUGGAAACAUUGAGAUCAAUCAUUUCUAUUGUGCAGACCCAGCUCUCAUCAAAAUGGCGUGUGGAGGAACUUUUAUUAAAGAAUAUACCAUGCGCACGCUGGCAGGUCUUAACUUCUCUUAUUCUUUAUUGGUCAUUAUUAUCUCCUACAUAUUCAUCCUUAUUGCCAUCAUAAAAAUGCGCUCAGUGGAAGGAAGAAAGAAAGCCUUCUCCACCUGUGGAUCCCACUUAACGGCGGUCAUCAUAUUUUACGGAACUCUCUUCUUCAUGUAUCUUAGAAGUCCCACCGAAGAGUCUGUGGAGCAGGGGAAAAUGGUGGCUGUGUUUUACACCACGGUAAUUCCUAUGUUGAAUCCCAUGAUCUACAGUCUCAGAAACAAAGAUGUAAAGGAAGCCAUGAACAAAGCAAUCAGUAGAACAUUUUUAACUAAAUAA